ACAAAGUCGACUGUGAAAGAAAGUAAACAAUAAAUGGAAGUUAAGGAACAGUCACCAUUUCUGCUCGUGGGAAUUUGGCUGAAAUCCGCUUUGGGGACUGAAGACGGAAUAACUCAGAACAGUUCCCCCCACCCCCUUCUCUCUGCUUUCGUUUCUGGUGAUCAGUUUGGAGUGUUUCUUCGGCAAAUGUGAGGUCGGGUGUGUGGCCGCGAGUGGAAGUCUUUGAACAAUCACGGGGAAGGGCUGAGCGUAGACAGACAGAGAGAGUUUGCAGUUCAGGGGUGUUUCUGCUGGACUCCGGGGAGGGCAGUGUGCUGUGGAGGAGACGCAUUCCGCUCUCCAUCGAGAUUCUCAUUCCCCAGGGACUGGCUGGUGGAAGAAACAGCGCAGACACAGAGAGAGAGAGAGAGCUCUCUGCAUCCCGCAAUAUUCUCAUAUUCAGAGGAACAUGAGCCACCUUGUUUAUUGUGAAUGAAAGGCCUUCAAGCAGAUACAAUGGCAAACCUGCCAUCUAAUAACUGCUCCAUCAACAAAGAAUUUGAAUCUUGCUAUCUGCCCAUCAUGUACAUUAUUGUGUUUGUCACUGGAUUCAUCGGAAACAGUGUUGCUCUCUGGAUGUUCAUCUUUCACAUGAGGCCUUGGAGUAGCAUCACCGUUUACAUGUUUAACCUCGUCCUGGCUGACCUCUUCUACGUCUUCUCUCUGCCGGUUUUAAUAUUUUACUAUUUCAAGGAAAGUGACUGGAUCUUCGGGGAGGCCCUGUGCAAACUGCAGAGGUUCAUCUUCCACGUUAACCUCUACGGGAGCAUCUUGUUUCUGACCUGCAUCAGCGUCCACAGGUACACGGGGGUGGUGCACCCCAUGAGAUCACUGGGCAGGUUGAAGAAAAAAUCGGCCACCAUUGUGUGCGUGUGCGUGUGGGUUGUGGUCAUGGCUGGCAUCUCCCCAAUACUGUACUUCUCCCGAAUACGACAGGACACCAAUAAAGCAAACUUUUCUCGACCAGAUGCAAAUAAAACAAUAAAAACCAUUUGCUAUGACACCACGUCUAAAGAGCUCUUGGACACUUAUUUCAUUUACAGCAUGCUGACUACAUUCUUUGGAUUCUGCGUCCCCUUUGCCACCAUCCUGGUCUGCUAUGGAUUUAUUGUGAAGGCCUUAAUAUCUAACGACAUGAGGAUACCUCUUCGGGGCAAGUCUGUGCGUCUCGUCAUCAUCGUGUUGGCUGUCUUUGCCACCUCCUACCUCCCCUUCCAUGUGAUGAAGAAUCUUAACCUCCAGUCCAGACUCUAUUACCAAGGGCCAGAGACAUGCGAGUGGAAUAAGAGUGUCUACGCCACUUAUCAAGUGACCCGCGGGCUUGCCAGCCUCAAUAGCUGCGUGGACCCUAUCUUGUACUUCCUGGCGGGAGACACUUUCAGGAGGAGAUUCACUACCACUGCUUCAAAGUUUAUCAAUCGGAAUGAGUCUAUAGUCUAGGAGAUUAAAGAAUUCACUUUAUGCCACAAUAACCAAGUAAUAAAAUGAUGAUGAUUCCUUCUAAACCAAAACAAGGUAACCUCAAUUAUCUGAACAACGUGGAUGGGGAGUAUUUUGUAUGGAUAAUCAAAUGUUCGGAUAAUAGUUUACCCAAGCAUCGGGAACUUAGAUCUUGUUCAGAUAAUCCGAAAUCAGAUAAUCGAUGUUUGGAUAAUCGAGGUUGCCCUGUACUGUACAUUUACGUAAAACUUUUAAUGUAGUUUAAAUGCCCCAAGACACUUCCCUGGAGCAUUAUCAGAAAACUGUGACAAGUCAGUAUUAAGGCAGGUGACCAGAAGUUUGAUCAAACAGGCAGUAUUUUAACGUAACGGAGAAAUGUUGAGGAAGUUGGAAAGGAUUGAGGAAGGAAUUGCAGAGAUUAGGUUGCAAGCUGGAAUAUAUAUAUAUAUAUAUAUAUAUGAGGUCAAGAUUGCUUACAAAAAAUUAUUGUAUGAGGUUUGGAUGAGGUUACAAUGAAAAGCUAAUUAAAAGACUUGGACUCAAAAGUGAAAACAUUGAGAACUGAACUGUUGCCUGAUUAGGAACUAAUCCAACUCAGCAAGUUUAGAGAUAUGGGUUAAAAUGCAGUGAGCAGAUAAUUAGUGGAAUUUUGGAUGAGCUCAGCUAUCAGAGAAUGGCUGAAUUGUAGAUUCAAUAUCUUUUUGGGGUUUACAGUGCAUUAAGGAUUAUAUUUGAGAAUAGAGGGAAAAGUAUUAAAUAUUUUAAUAUAGGAAAGUCAGCUGAGUGAAGUAGCCCAAUAUUAAGCACUCUGUAUUGUCUAACUUAUUCUUUGGCCUAGACACUGUUGUUCAUGCCACUGUUUUGAAGUUUGCAAUUUUAGAAUAGGAAUAGUACACGUAAUAAAAUAUGGACUUACCGUCAAUGUAAUUAAACCUCUAAUAAUAGGACCAUAUCUAUGUUAAUCCGGACAGGAAAUAUUGUGCCUUUUUCCUCCGUGUUUACAGGUUGCAUAAAAGUCACAGCUUUACUGAAGACCAAAAUAGAGCUCUGUGUACUUGA